AUGUAUUCUGAGGGCGAAGCACCGCGUCGACACGACGCUGCGCGUCUCGAUAUAUUACCUCCCAACUGGACGCGUCUCUUCGAUUCCUCCUCCAUCUUUGGGCCCCGAAACAUGGGUCAGUCGCCUACGAAGACGAUUCCUACGGUCGAACAAAUCCGGAAACGCGUCCAAGAUCUUUGGAACAUCAGACCAUGUCUUUGGCAAAUUGAGGUCGUGCAGGCUAUCCUGGAGCGCGACGGUGACAUUGUUUCUGUUGCGGGAACUGGUAUGGGCAAAACGCUCACUUUUUGGAUGCCAAUCCUAUUCUCCGCCCCCGGCAGUGUUCAGAUCAUCGUCACACCGCUCAACCUCCUGGGUCAACAGCAAGUUGCUACGGCUGAGAAGUUGGGACUGAAGGCGGUAUUUGUCUGCGGAGAUAGCGCCCCGACGAUUAAUUGGCAUGAUGUUGCGACUGGCGUCUAUCAGGUCCUGGUCAUAAAUCCAGAGCUCCUAAUGAGACCGGGUGGCGGGUUCGAAAAAAUUGCUCGUCUUCCGUCGUUUAGACAGCGUAUCAUCAGCCUUAUCUUCGACGAAGGCCAUUGUAUUAGCACCUGGUCUUCCUUUCGUCACGAAUACAAACAUAUCGGAAACCUAAGCUAUAUCCUUCCCGCGGACAUUCCACGAGUAAUUACAACAGCUACUCUCCCGGACACUACCCUUGACGACAUCAAAAAGACCCUUCACCUCGGUAGUCGAAGACUCAAGCUCUUUCAUUUCUCCAUCGACCGACCAAACAUCAAUAUCACGAUCAAGAAGAUCCAAAGCGACCUGAAUACGUUUGAAGAUCUACGUUUUGUCCUGAACGGCUACGUCCCGGGAAAAUCAGCCCCUAAGGCAACAUUUGCCGUGUUCUUUGACAACAUCCCGGAAUCCAUUGCAGCCCGUGAUGCACUCCUCAAGCACCUAAGCCCUGAAGAUUUCGACAAAAUACUUUGGUUCAACUCGGAAAUGUCUGGUACAUUUAAGACGGAGCACGUGGAGGCCCUCAGGACUGGGAAACUGUGGGGUAUACUAACCACAGAGUCCUUUGGCGUGGGUCUUGACUUGCCUAAUAUUGACCUCGUCGGUCAAUGGAGGGCAACUUGUUCAAUCACAGCACUUUGGCAACGGUUUGGCCGCGCAGGAAGAGACCGGUCUAAAGAGGCAACUGCUGUCUUUCUCGUUGAGAAAGAAUACUUCGAUGACGAGAAGAAGAGAAAGGAAGCCAAGCGAUUGGCUCGGCUUCAGAAGAAGAACAAGAAAGCACGAAACAACCCAGCAACCAUCCCUGGUUCAGUCACUUUCAUCCAAGAAGGCCAGUCUAAUUCAUCGUCUUCAUCUGAGAGUGACGAUGAACUCCCGCAAAUUACAACGCCAGCUCCAUCAACGUCAGCGCAACCAGGUCGGAAACGGAAGAAGCCUGAGCGUGUUAUUGAACCAGAGAUGGAUGAACUCAUCAACGCGAAGCAAAGGAAGUAUCCGUGCGUGCGGAUCCCCAUUCUGAAAGCCUUCAAGGACAACAGAGCAGGUGGGUCCCGAAACUCUGGAUUUAUGGAAAAAAUUCUUCGACUUGCUGUAGCGUUGCCCGAGUUGCGCUGA